AUGGUGAGGCAAGUGGGCUGGGGGGGGAACCGAGGGCGGCUGGGGCGGUGGGGAGACCUGGGGCCUGGAUCAGUGCCUCUCCUCCCCAUGCCGCUGCCCCCUCUCCCUCCUCCUCCAUGUCGGGGGCCUGGCAGAGGGCGGAUUUCCAUCUUCUCUCUGUCCCCUGCCCCUCACACAAGAAGCUCCCCUUCCUCGGUCCCUCCCCCGGCCCUGGGACCCCCCUGCCCAGCGAUGCAGGCCCCAGGGGGCUCUCAGCCUCCCCACAGUGCCCUCCCCACCCCAACAACGCAGGCAGGGCCCGCGAUGACACCCAGCUCUGCUCCCCCCUCUUGGGGCUCCCACUCCACCCCACCCCUGGCCCCAGUGACUCCCCCUCCCUCGCACCGAUGCCCCCAGGACCCUCCUGGGCUGCGGAUAGGGCCUCUGAUCCCUGAGCAGGAUUAUGAGCGGCUGGAGGACUGUGACCCCGAGGGGUCCCAAGAUUCACCCCUCCACGGGGAGGAGCAGCAGCCCCUGCUCCAUGUGCCCGAAGGGCUCCGAGGCUCCUGGCACCACAUCCAGAACCUGGACAGCUUCUUCACCAAGAUCUAUAGCUACCACCAGAGGAAUGGCUUUGCCUGCAUCCUGCUGGAGGAUGUCUUCCAGCUGGGACAAUUCGUCUUCAUCGUCACCUUCACAACCUUCCUCCUUCGUUGCGUGGAUUACAACAUUCUCUUCGCCAACCAACCGAACAACAGGACGACACCUGGCUUGCUCCACGGCAAAGUCACCUUGGCAGAUGCCAUCCUGUCCUCCUCCCAGUGUGCCCAGCGGAUCCGCUCCAGCCCCCUGCUGGUUUUCCUUCUGAUCCUGGCUGCAGCCUUCUGGCUGUUACAGCUGCUUCGCUCAGUCUGCAACCUCUUCAGCUACUGGGACAUCCAGGUGUUUUACAGGGAGGCCCUGCACAUCCCCCCGGAGGAACUCAGCUCGGUGCCCUGGGCCGAAGUUCAGUCCCGCCUGCUGGCGCUGCAGAAGAGCGGGGGGCUGUGCGUGCAGCCGCGGCCGCUGACCGAGCUCGACGUCCACCACCGCAUCCUGCGCUACACCAACUACAAGGUGGCGCUGGCCAACAAGGGCCUGCUGCCCGCGCGCUGCGCGCUGCCCUGGGGAGGCAGCGCGGCCUUCCUCAGCCGCGGCCUGGCGCUCAACGUCGACCUGCUUCUCUUCCGCGGGCCCUUCUCGCUCUUCCGCGGGGGCUGGGAGCUGCCCGACGCCUACAAGCGCAGCGACCAGCGAGGCGCCCUGGCCGCGCGCUGGCGGCGCACGGUGCUGCUGCUGGCCGCCGUGAACCUGGCGCUGAGCCCGCUGGUGCUGGCCUGGCAGGUGCUGCACGCCUUCUACAGCCACGCGGAGCUGCUGCGGCGCGAGCCGGGGGCGCUGGGGACGCGCCGCUGGUCCCGCCUGGCCCACCUGCAGCUGCAACCGCGGGCCCCCUUCUGCACCCCCAUCUCGAUCUCCAGGUCUUUCAUUCCGGAAGAACAGGGCCGGGGUCGUUCCCCGCAGUUCCUGCUGCAGGCGGCCUUGGCGCACAUGCAUUACCUCCCGGAGGAGCCCGGCCCUGCCGGCAAGGCCAGCGCUUACCGGCAGAUGGCGCGGCUGCUUCAGUACCGAGCGGUCUCCCUCCUGGAGGAGCUCCUGUCUCCUCUCCUCACUCCGCUGUUUCUACUGUUCUGGUUUUGCCCCCGUUCCCUGGAGAUCAUUGACUUUUUUCAUCACUUCACUGUGGAUGUGGCUGGAGUUGGGGACAUCUGUUCCUUUGCCCUGAUGGAUGUGAAGCGUCACGGCCACCCUCAGUGGCUCUCGGCAGGACAGACAGAGGCCUCUCUCUCUCAGCGUGCGGAGGAUGGAAAGACCGAGCUCUCCUUGAUGAGGUUCUCCCUGGUGCAUCCACAAUGGCGCCCCCCAGGGCACAGCUCCAAGUUCCUGGGGCACCUUCGGGGCAGGGUCCAACAAGAUGCAGCAGCCUGGGGCGCCACUUCUGUUCGCAGUCCCCCCACCCCGGGGGUGCUCAGUGACUCUUCCUCACCUCUGCCUGAGGCCUUCCUGGCCAACCUCUUGGUGCACCCCCUCCUGCCCCCGCGGGACCUGAGCCCCACAGCCCCCUGCCCAGCCGCAGCCACAGCCAGCCUCCUGGCCUCCAUUUCCCGCAUUGCCCAGGACCCGAGCUGUGUGUCCCCAGGAGGCACUGGGGGCCAGAAGCUGGCCCAGCUCCCAGAGCUUGCUUCUGCUGAGAUGAGUCUGCAUGCCAUCUACCUGCACCAGCUCCAUCAACAGCAGCAGCAGGAACUGUGGGGUGAGGCUUCAGCCUCUUCCCUGUCCAGGCCCUGGUCCAGCCCCUCCCAGACACUCUCGCCUGAUGAGGAGAAGCCGUCCUGGUCAAGUGAUGGCUCCAGUCCUGCCUCCAGCCCCAGACAGCAGUGGAGAACCCAGAGAACCCAGAAUCUGCUCCCCGGAAGGUUUCAGGAGACCACAGAUGCCCAGAAGGAGCCUGGCCAGGCCCCUAGCACUGACUGA